AUGUCCACCGUCAAAGCUGUCGUUAUUAAAUCUGGUGAUUCAAAGCCUAGAUUCAUCGAAAACUUCUCUCUAAGGGAACCAGCUGAAUCUGAAGUCCGUGUUAAAGUGUUAGGUACCUCAAUUCAUCAUCUUGUUAGAAUGAGAGCUCUUGGGAAACAUUAUUCAGUCAGUGCAAAUGAUACCUCUGAAAAAUUGAUCGGGAUUGAUGGUGUUGGGUUAAUUGAUGAUAAACAAUUGGUGUUCUUCAUUACACUUACCCCAGGUACAGGUUCAUUUGCUGAAUAUGUCAAUGUUGACAAGAGAUUCAUUUUCCCAUUUCCUGAAGAAAUCACAAAAGAUGAUACUGAUGCAAUUGCAAGAGUCACCACUUUAUCCAACCCUGCCAUGUCUUCAUAUUUGGUUUUCGAUUCAAGAUUGAGUCAAGUCAUUGAACCCGGGUUCACCGUGGCUAUUAAUGGUGUCACUGGUGCUUCUGGUUCUCUUGCUGCUGAAAUAGCCAGAAAAAAAUAUGGUGCUAGUAAAGUUAUUGGUGUUGGAAGAUCAGAAGACAAAUUGAAAGCUCUUGUUGAACCUAAAGGGUUAGAUGCUAUAAUCCCAUUAACCGAUUCAGAUGAAGAAAUGACAAAAAAAUUCUCAGAGUUUGAUGUUGAUGUUGUUUUAGAUUACACAUGGGGUAAAGCUGCUGAAAGAACCUUGUUAAAUUUGAUCAAAUCUAGAAAAGAUUCCACAAAAUUGUUGAGUUUUGUUCAAAUUGGACAAAUUGGUGGUACUGAUUUCAAUAUCCCACCAGGUAUUUUGAGAGGCCAUAACUUACACAUUCUUGGAAGUGGGUUAGGUUCAUUCACAACUAGAGAUGCUGGUAAAGCAUUCCCUGAUAUUACAGCACAAUUGGCAAAAGGUCAAUUUGGUACAGAUGAAAAGAUAGAAACUGCCAAAGCUAGUGAUAUAGAACAAGAAUGGGAUUUGUGGCAACCAAGUGCAAGAAAAGUGUUUACAUUCUAA